AAAGGGAAGGAUAUAUAGCAAUAUGAAAAUGUCACAGUGAUAUAACGAAGCUUUAGUAAAUCCAGAAUUGAAAAUUAUUACAGAAAAAGCAUAAAAUCUUCUCUGAACUAAAAUAUAAUGUAAUGAUUAGAAAGCGCACAUGUGCAUUAGCAAUGGAUGUCUAAAACCUAAAUAUAUAUUUAGAAUAAGGACUUUAUGUAGGUGACUGGGAGAUGAGUGCAACAGAGAGAAUGAGGAAUAGAGAAAGGAGAGGUACUUGGGUCAUUGUGGGAAGCCAUUGAAAUAAAUAAUAAAAUAUUAGCAUCUUACUCCUAAUAUAUAUUCUAAAAUAGGAAUUAAGAAAAAGUGUGAGGUGAUAAGAGAAAGGGUGAGUGGAGGGAAUUGAAAAAGUUGGAAAGAAAUCCUUGGCGAGAGAGCAUGGAAUCUGAUGUACCCACUGUCAUCACAACAAAGUUCAAAACCGUCCUCCAUCCAAAAAAUAAAAAAUAUAAAUAAAUAUAAAUAUAUACAAUUAAAAACAAAAAUACACCACAGGACGCAAACGCAAGACGAACCUUUCCUUACCUCUGUCAAACGCUGAUCAGAGUCAGUGACCGCUAUCAACGGCCCACUGUGUAAGUUCGUUUAUCCUCAUUCGGCGCAUCCAAGCCUCAACCAAAAUGAUAAGAUGACGACGCCGUUUCAGCAACCACCCCAAACCGUACGGAGACUGGUCGUAGAAGUCAUCGACGCGCGCAAUCUUCUCCCCAAAGAUGGCCAAGGUAGCUCCAGCCCUUACGUGGUCGCGGACUUCGACGGCCAGAGGAAGCGAACCACCACCCGCUUCAAGGAGCUGAACCCGGUCUGGAACGAGCCCCUCGAGUUCAUUGUGUCCGACCCAGAUAAUAUGGAGUUCGAGGAGCUCGAAGUUGAGGUCUACAACGAUAAGAAGUUCGGCAACGGUAGCGGACGCAAGAACCACUUCCUCGGGAGGGUUAAACUGUAUGGUACUCAGUUUUCCCGAAGAGGCGAAGAAGCUCUUGUUUACUACACGCUGGAGAAGAGGAGUGUCUUCAGUUGGAUAAGGGGAGAGAUUGGCCUCAGGAUUUAUUACUAUGAUGAAAUGCUUAAUGAAGAGGAGAAACCGCCGCCGCAGCAGCCGGAGGAGCAGGGUGAGAGACCGGAGCAAGAGCGGAACAGGCCUCCGCCGGGAAUGGUGGUUGUUGAGGAGGGAAGGGUUUUCGAGGCGCCUGGACCGAUGGACCAAUGCGUGCCUCUUCCUACUGGUCUUCCUCAUUCGCCGCAUGUAGUGCUUGUGGAGGAAUCGCCGCCUCCGGUGGUUCAUGUUCAGCAGGAUCCGCCGUUGCCGGAAAUGUCUGAGCCUCCGCUGUCGGAAAUGCCGUUUCAUCCGGAGGUGAGGAAAAUGCAGGCCAACAGAGGCGAGAGGGUGAAGAUUUUGAAGCGGCCCAACGGGGACUACUCGCCUAAAGAUAUCUCUGCAAAGAAAACGGGUAAUGAGUCCGAGAGGGUUCAUCCGUUCGAUCUGGUGGAGCCGAUGCAGUAUCUGUUUGUCAAAAUCGUGAAAGCUCGCGGGGUUGCUCCUCCCAGUGAUGCCCCGUUCGUGAAGGUCAGGACGUCGAGCCACUACAUGAGAUCGAAGCCAGCGAAUUUCAGGCCCAACGAGCCCACUGAUUCGCCGGAGUGGAACCAGGUAUUUGCGCUUGGUUACAACAAGACCGACGCUAACAGCGCCACCCUGGAGAUUUCCCUCUGGGAUUCCUCGACAGAAAAUUUUCUGGGCGGUGUUUGCUUCGACCUUUCCGAUGUUCCAGUGAGGGAUCCUCCCGACAGUCCCUUGGCGCCGCAAUGGUACCGUCUUGAAGGAGGAACUGCCGAUCAGAAUCCUGGCAGAGUUUCCGGCGACAUUCAGCUCUCUGUUUGGAUUGGCACGCAAUCCGACGACGCAUUCCCAGAAGCGUGGAUCUCAGAUGCACCGCAUGUUGCACAUACUCGAUCCAAGGUUUACCAAUCGCCAAAGCUCUGGUACCUUCGCGUGACGGUAGUGGAAGCACAAGACCUUAAUAUUGCGCCGAAUCUGCCUCCACUGACAGCGCCGGAAGUGAGGGUGAAGGUGCAACUAGGGUUCCAAUCGCAGCGAACAAGACGAGGAUCAAUGAACCACAGAAGCUUAUCCUUCCACUGGAACGAGGACCUUCUCUUCGUGGCCGGGGAGCCUCUGGAAGAUUCUGUCAUCCUUCUGAUAGAAGAUCGCACUAGCAAGGAAGUGGCUCUCCUAGGCCACAUCGUGGUUCCGCUGAGCUCCAUUGAGCAACGAAUAGACGAGCGACACGUGGCGGCGAAAUGGUUCCCGUUAGAAGGUGGGCCCUACUGCGGGCGAGUCUUCCUGCGUCUCUGCUUGGAGGGCGGGUAUCACGUUCUGGACGAAGCGGCGCACGUGUGCAGCGAUUUCCGUCCCACGGCGAAGCAGUUAUGGAAACCGCCGGUGGGUAUUCUAGAGCUGGGGAUUUUGGGCGCUCGAGGGCUCCUUCCGAUGAAAUCAAAAGGCGGUGGAAAAGGCUCCACCGAUGCCUACUGUGUGGCCAAGUAUGGGAAAAAGUGGGUCCGAACCCGCACCGUAACCGACAGCUUUGAUCCACGCUGGAACGAGCAGUACACGUGGCAGGUUUACGAUCCCUGCACGGUCCUUACCGUUGGAGUGUUCGACAACUGGCGCAUGUUUGCUGACGUGCCAGAAGAUAGGCCCGAUUGCCGUAUCGGCAAGGUUCGCAUACGCGUCUCUACGCUUGAGAGCAACAGGGUGUACACCAAUUCCUACCCCCUCCUAGUCCUCACACGAACCGGGUUGAAGAAAAUGGGAGAAAUAGAGUUAGCGGUUCGUUUCGCCUGCCCCUCCUUGUUGCCCGACACCUGUGCAGUUUACGGUCAGCCACUGCUUCCACGAAUGCACUAUCUGCGGCCGCUGGGAGUGGCGCAGCAGGAGGCGCUGCGUGGGGCCGCGACAAAGAUGGUGGCGCAGUGGCUGGCCAGGUCAGAGCCACCGAUGGGGCACGAGGUAGUUCGAUACAUGUUAGAUGCAGACUCGCACGUUUGGAGCAUGAGGAAGAGCAAGGCGAAUUGGUUCAGAAUCGUGGCGGUUUUGGCUUGGGCCAUUGGUUUGGCGAAAUGGUUGGAUGAUAUAAGAAGGUGGAAGAACCCUGUUACCACGGUGCUGCUCCACAUUCUUUACUUAGUGCUUGUUUGGUAUCCAGAUUUGAUUGUCCCCACAGGGUUCUUAUACGUGGUCUUAAUUGGGAUAUGGUAUUACCGGUUCAGGCCGAAAAUACCGGCUGGGAUGGAUACCCGGUUGUCUCAGGCGGAAGCGGUUGACCCGGAUGAGUUGGACGAGGAAUUUGACACCAUGCCAAGUUCUAAACCACCGGAUAUAAUCCGAAUGCGGUAUGAUAGGUUAAGAAUGCUGGCAGCUCGAGUCCAAACGGUGUUGGGUGAUUUUGCAACCCAGGGAGAGAGGGUUCAAGCCUUGGUUAGUUGGAGAGAUCCCAGGGCUACCAAGUUGUUCAUUGGAGUAUGCCUUGCCAUAACUGUCACACUCUAUGCAAUGCCGCCAAAAAUGGUGGCCGUCGCCCUAGGCUUUUAUUACCUCCGCCACCCCAUGUUCCGGAACCCAAUGCCCUCCGCCACCUUGAACUUUUUCCGUCGACUUCCCAGCCUCUCCGAUCGCUUGAUGUAGAUUAUUCAUAUUCAAUCGCAAGUUUAAAUUUUUUUUUCUUUUUUAUGACAAAUUUAUUUUAAGGUGACAUUUUUUUAGGGUGGGAAUUAUUAUUUUCCUAUAUUGGAGCAGCGAGGUUGUGGGAACUUGAAAGGAACAGGCAGCUGUUUUGUAGGGAUAGUGUUUGAAAAAGGUGUCUCAAUAACAUUUUAAGGAGAGAAAAAAAAGUUGGAAAGUGGCUAGUUGUCAUCAUUUCUUUUUGUUGCAAUCAAAUUGAUUGACUGUGGCUACUGUUGAAAACUCGAAAUAAGAGAAAGAGAGAGAGUGGGGAGAGAGGGUGUGGCAGAAAUUUUGGGUACUGCAGCGGCUUGGCUCUUCUGCAGUGGGGACUUUUCUGUCAACAUGUUUGCAAUGGGAAGUCAUAUAUAUAAGAUAUUAUCUCUCUCUAACAUGUUAAAAAUAUUUAAGAUUUC